AUGGACAUCCGACAUCCUCUCCCCGAACACAUACACGUCCUCCGCGCGUGCUACAACGACGACGCGCCGGAUUUUGUCGCCCUGGGUGGUGACCACUCGGUCCAUGUCUAUCUCAUCUACGAGUCCUCAGCCACUCUUGUCGCGUCAUUUCAUGUCGGUUCACGGAUAACGGCUCUCGCAUGGUCUUCGCGCUCAGUGUCGCCCUCUCAUUCUGACCAGUGGAUUAUUGAACUCGCAGCCGCCUCUGCAGACUUUGGCCUACAUCUCCUAACAAGGUCCCACCAUAUCAAUGCCAGUGAGGAUAUAUUUCCUUUCGGUGGGGGUCUCUCCGGCCACCAUGGACGGGUGAACGAUAUGACCUUUUGCGGAGGCAGCACCGAUGACAGUGCGAAAUAUGUUGCCACCGUUUCUGACGACAAAAUGCUCAUGGUGUGGGAUCUACAUCCGAAAGUUGACGCCCCUGCUUUACAAACACCGACUCCUGCCACUUCUCCUGAUCCUAAUCCUCCUCUCCUACAGCCGCUCGCUUGGGCUGUCCCUUUCCCUCAUCCCCUUACCAGUGUCAACGCUCACCCCUCCGCCAGCAAAGAGCUGAUCGUGUCCGACAGUCGUGGCUCUAUCUUUCUCACUGAUUGGCGCAGCGAAACCAACAAACCGAGUGUCAUUGAGCUCGUCGAACCCCGCGCGCUUGCUGACAUUGCCACAGGCGCGUUUUCUAACUGGUCAGGGUCUGUUUCGUGGCGCCGCGACUCCGUUGAUAUCGUAGGCGCUACGUGUGGCCCUCGUUUCGCUAUAUGGGACUUGGCCAAACUGCAGGGCGGAAAACCCACGGUUACAGGCAUGAGUUUUCCCGAAGGAGGACAUCGUUUCAGAUGGUGUCAGACCUUCCCAGACUAUUUCGCCAUCUCGACUCGUUCGCCGUCCAAGGGCGCCGUCAUUCAUGUCUACAACUAUUCGUAUGUUCAAGCAGAGCCAACAGUGUUCAAUAUUGGCCCCCGACCUCUACGAGUUCAAGAUUUCGAUUUUCUGGCGAUGAAGGGCAUUCCAAGGAUAGUUGCUGUAGUUGAGAGGCAGCUGAUCGUAUUUUAUAUAGGUGUUGAUUAA